AUGGUGCCAGAAAAUAAUAUAAAUGACAACGCCGAAAAUUCGAUCAAUAACGAUGCUAAGAGGAAAAUUCAUGAUGAAGAGAAAAUUUAUGAUGAAGAGAAAAUUCACGAUGAAGAAAAUAAUUUAGAAAAAAAGUUGGAAGAUAACUCUGACAAUGAAUUGAUCUCAGCAGCAAGUUAUCAAACAUUAUUUGUUACUUCAUUAAUCCUAGUUUAUUCUGUAUUCUUUGUGAUACUCGUAUCCUAUAUUAUGGGUAAAUGGUUGGAAAAAAUCUUACCAAAUAAGAAAUUUCGGAUUAAAAAUUGGGAAUUUAAUUUAAACCCAGGUCCUUUUAACUAUAAGGAACACGUUUGCAUAGCUGCAGCAGCUAAUGCUGGUGGUGUAAGCGCAUAUGCUGUGUUUGUACCAGAGUACAUGUUUCCAUGGUUAUCUGGUGCUGCCAUAUUAUGCCUUAUUGCUCCAAAUAAUAAUACGGUAAAGACAUUGGGAAGUGUUUAUAGAGGUGCUGGAAUUCUUGGGGUUUCCUUAGAUUGGAACGCUAUUGGUCAAGUCGAUCCCUUGUUCACUCCAUGCAAUAUGGGUCAUUGGUCCGUUGCUACGAGAAUCAUGGAUCCCGUGACUGGAGUUCUUGAUGUUACCUCAUAUGAGAAUUAUAGUCCUGUUUAUAUGUCUGCUGUAUUUGCUGCUUGUUAUUGUUAUAGUUUUAUGCAAGUUACCGCAACUAUUUGUCAUGUGAUACUAUUUCAUGGGAAAGAAAUUUGGAAUCGAUACAAAAAAACUCGUGAGGAAGAGGAAGAAACUGACAUUCAUUGCAAAAUGAUGAGUAUUUAUCCAGAAGUACCAUAUUAUUGGUAUAUUGCUAUUUUCUUUGUUAUGUUAAUAAUCGCAAUUAUCCUUGGCUAUAAAGUAAAUUUACCUUGGUGGGGUGUACUGUUGGCUAUUGCUCUUGCUAUAUUUAUGGUGCUUCCGAUAGGAAUUAUUCAGGCUGUCUCAAAUUGGCAACUUGGUUUGAAUGUUUUGACUGAAUUGGUGUGCGGUUUUGGUUAUCCUAUUGCAAAUGUAUAUUUUAAAGCCUAUGGACACAUAUCCUUGACUCAAUGUUUAUUAUUUGUACAAGAUUUAAAAUUGGGUCAUUAUAUGAAAAUUCCUCCAAGAAGCAUGUUCAUAUCACAAAUAUGGGGUACAUUUGUUGGCAUAAUUGUAAAUUAUUGGACAACAAAUAUUGUAAUAAAUACAAAAAGAUCUUAUAUUGAUGGUACAGAAGUUGAUCCAACUGGCCAAUGGGCAGGCCUUCAACCAGAAAUAUUCAACACUGCAUCCAUAAUAUGGAGAUUAAUUGGGCCUGGAAGGGUUUUUGGGUCUAGCUCAAUUUAUAACGUGCUUCUCUGGGGCUUCUUAAUUGGUGGCUUUUUGCCAAUACCAUUUUACUUACUUCAUCAAAAAUUUCCAAAGGCAAAAUUUAAUCUUGUUAAUUUUCCAAUAAUAUUCUAUGGCCUAUCUGUUUUUCCUCAAACUUAUCCAAAUUUCAUAAUCACUGGGUUCAUUGCUGGCUUUUUGAGUCAAUUUUAUGCAUUUCGUUAUAAACAUAUGUGGUGGAAAAAAUAUAAUUAUGUAAUGUCCGCAGCAUUUGACAGUGGUGCACAGAUAAUGACAAUGGUAGCUUUCAUUUGUAUUAAUGGUAUUGUGAAAGUACAGUUUCCAACAUGGUGGGGUAACGAUCCAUCAACUCAAAGUGAACACUGCUUUCCUAUAAAAAGUUAG